AAAUAACUCGAUAAACCACCAAUUGCCGCUGCCAUUCUUCGUCCACUUCCCUAAGCCAUCGCUUAGUGUUCAAGUCCUCAUCUCCUUCGGAAGCCGUUUCAAAACCUCCAACUGCGAUCAGCGUUCAUUAAUCGCUAUCUGCCUCCACUCCACCGCCCACGUUUAUCCCAGUCACACUUCUCUGCGGCAUCCCAUCCCAUGGCCUCCACACGAGAGUCAACGCCUCGACAGCCAGUCAUUGAGCCUCGCGCUAAAAGAACGCAUGCUAGACGUUCUUGCAGCAUAUGUAAGCUCCGUAAAAGCCGAUGUGAACUGCCAGACCUUAAUGUGCCAUCCGGCCCAGAUCCUUUACCGGAAGACAAAGCUUGCCACAGAUGCAAAGUUCUGUCUCUCCCAUGCGUUGUUGAUGAUAGCAACCGCAAGCAACGUAAACGGAAAGACCCGCCGGCCGGGAGUUCCGGUCUCUCUCAAGGGCAAGAGACCCCUGAAGCUGGUCCAAGUACGUCAAAGAGACAGGAGCCCAUUCCAGCUGGUCCGAGCCAUACGCUUGCUUCCAAGUUUACCAUACCAUCACAAAGUAGCAUUCACGCGAUUGAUCACUCGCUAGACCUCCUUCCAGGGCUUUCCGUCUUCAAUGGACAAGCGUUGGCUGAGGACCCGGUGGACAAUUUUGAGAAGCUGAAAAGGGAGCUAGGGGCACGUGGCGUCGACAGAGAAUCCGGAAACACAUUAAGCAUCAAGCUCCAUGGCAGGCCCCUCGAGCUGACAUGCGCAAUGCUGAGGGUUGCUUAUGGGAGAAAAGAAAAAAGAGGCAAGCGGAUGAAGCUUGAAGAUGACGAGAUUGAGGUGGAUGUCAUAAUUGAUGAAGCUAUGAUGGCUCGUCUGGCUCCUGGGGUAUCUCAAUUGAUGACCUACCACCCCCAUCUGGAUGACCUGCCGACAAUGUUUAACGAAUAUAGAAGGAAUCCAGAGCCCACAAUUGCACUCCUGAUUGCUAGUGUCGCGUAUCUUGCCAGUUCUGUGCUUCCACCGGACUCGACUAUCAUACAUCUCCGCAACGAACUUACCCCCUUCAUUUACCAGCGUCGUGAUUUUUUGCUUCUCCACCACCCCCAUACGUUUUUCGCGUUGCAAGUGCUUGAGUUAUUCAUCACCCAUUGCCCUUUUGGUAUAUUACCCAUACAGCCCGCCAACCUCCAUACUUUAGGUGUUGCGAAAGGCGUAACAGCAGCGGCCAAAGAUAUCUCCAGUCAGCUUAACUUCGACAAACUGAUUCACCAAAUACUUGCGGGACCAGGCCUUCGUCAUAGCUUUAAUUGCGGAGAUAUCUGGCUUUGGCUGGCUCUUAAUGCAGCCGAGGCCGCCGCAAUGCUGGAAGAAAGUAACCCGCAGAAACCUAUCCAGCUUGCUGAGGCUAGACGUAUCACGGAAUCAUUCUUCAAGCUUACAGAUGAAGGGGCUUGCCUCUGGCAAGAACGUUUGGGAAGGAUGGAAAUAACUGUGUUAGUGGGCAGGCUUGCUCUUUGCGAUAAGAUUGCCCGGCUUGAAGAAGUUUUGGAUGGAAUGGCGAGGAUCAGGGGCGUCCUUGAACAUAGCGCACGUGAUCCGACUGUGGAUCCUGUGAGGGGAAUUCUAGCCGAGUUUGAAGAAUACACAAAGAAGACUGAUGAGAUAGACAGGCGCCAUGGGGCAAUGAUAGCCAUGAUGCAAGGAUAUUCCAAGAACAUCGAAACUGGCUGGGUCACCUAUCGUGCAAUCCGUAGAAGGUAUGAGUUUAGCAAGCUCCAUGUCACUGGCCUUCGUGCUCUCAUGGCAACUCACUUCCUCCCUGGAUCUCCAUACGCUUAUCCAGACCUUCCCUCUUUUGUUUCUCCUGCACAUGCUGUUGCGUAUGCCAUCGGGCGAGCUUGUCACCCUCCUGACAUUGUUCGCUUCAUCGGUGGCACUUCCAAUGCCGGGGGUGCCAGUCCGGCUGUGCAAGCUGUGUGGGAAUGGGGUCAUCGACGGAGAGUGAACAUGGAACAUAACCUGGUUGCCUGUGCCGAGCUUGCUCAAACAUACGGAUCCGAUCUGACUGGCAUGGUUUAUACUUGCAUUGUGCCGCUCCAUGAGUGUAUUUGCAUAGCUGUCGAGUCGUCAAAGAUCCUCAUGGAAAUGGAAGCCGGCACGAUCCAUAUUCUCCGUUCUCAUAAUCAACUCUAUAAGGCUGCUCGGCCGCGACCAUGGCUUGAAAUCAUGAAGCAAGUAUCCCAAACUAUGCACAACGUCAGCAUGAUGAUGCACGAUGAUGGAUUGGGAGGCGAGACUUUGGCAAAUGGUGCUAGUAAUCUUAUUGGCUCCAUGGUUCGAGUUGCUGAGAAAUGGGUGACUAGCGGUCAAGAAGAGGCUGCUCGACAAGGAACGGAGGAGAUGGCCCUUGAUCCUACCCAGGCGCACCAAGGAUACGAUAGCAACACGGAUCCGCACGUCCACAACUCACAUAGACAAAGCGGCGUUACCUCGCAUCAACAGUAUAUGGAUAAGUCUGAUCGCUGGAUGGCGGGUAACGGGCAAUCAUCCAUCUCUCAUCAGCAUGCGAUGGCUACUCCUCCAAUACAUAUAGAUGCUGCCAUCCUUAAUUCUCCUGACCUAUCGCAUCACAACUAUCACACGCCCCCCGUUCUCGGUCGGUUACCAAUUACUACACAGCUUGAUGGCCUCUUAUCGGAUAUGUUUGGUUAUUCCUGUAACCCCGCGCAGCCACCUCAGAACCAAGCGACGCCUCAAUGACGUUUUGCUUUCACACAUGAAGAUGGCAGAGUUCAGUGUAACGCCAAUUUUGUAUACUGGGGCUUGGUUCGAUUUUUCCAUACAUUUCAGUGGUCUUCGUACCAUAUCCUGUAAUCUUAUGGCGGAAUAAUCUUCCUAGAUAAGCAAGCGUCCAAUAACGUCGGCAGAUAGAAUAAGGAUAUCAGCCGUUAGGUGCUGUCACAAUAGAAAUUUAACGCAUACAUAAAACCAUCUUACAUGGCAGUGUGGCAUCACAAUGAUGUUGCAAAUACCUGCACAACGGAGGCAUUUACUAUCGUUGUGGCCUGUACGAUAGCAUUAAGCAACCCCCAUCACGUCGUCUUUCAUGCAAUGAUCUUCCCCAGAUGUCGUCCAACGAAUGUCAGCGCUUUUAUUAUUUCAUAUCCUAUUUACUAUACCACUCCUUUUCACGUUGACAGAGUCUCACAAUGCUGGACUUGGAUCAGUUCGCGAAAGACCGGCGACACAAAAACUCACCAAGGAUCAAGCCAUUAACGAGUGUGAUAUCAAAUCGAUUGGAGUUGGUCAAAAUCUAUGCUCGAAACAGACGUGGGACCAUGCAUGACUCAAGUAUAAAUGACCAUGGAGUCAGGGCCAGAUCUCCUAGAGGAUCCUAAAAAAAAGGUAGGCCAAGCAAGGACCAUUGCCUGCCGCCGCAUUUAGUCAGCUCUUCGAACUCUAAUAAAUCUUGGGGGAGGAGCAAAGCGCCCACCACUGCAGCGAGGGCGUCGAGAUAUUUCCUGCAAAUGCCGAUUGGAAUAUUAUGUCCUCGGCGAGCUGCAUCGUAAGAAGCUGGAUUUUGAAUUUCACAUUAAUCAAGUGAUCGGGAAGGUAAAAACGCCCGAGAAGGAUAAUGACUACUAUAUUUUGGACUCUGAAAGAAACCCACCCAGCAUUGUCAAGUAUUCACACCACUUCGUAUACAAGAUAGAAAUAUUCAGCACCGCACUGGUUGAUACGUCCCCGGUUCAUGAAGAGUUUCGCACACACAGUACUGCAUGGCCAACUACCAUAUGAAUAUGGCACUCUAUUAUCACCUAAUCAAUUAUGUUUCUCCCCCUGUCGAUUUCUAUUUUUCUCACUCAGAACGCCAAGGAUUUUCAAGUGACACGUCCUCCAAACUCGGCGAUGGUGGGUAGUUUGGCCUCACUUCUCUUAAUGGAGAAUCUCUCUCUUCCUCCAAUACAUCUCUUUGCUUGACCUCAGUUGAUGGACCAUUACUACUAUUGACAGGGAUUGGGGGAAAAUGUGACGGUAUUAUGGGAGUUGACGGGGUCGACGGUAUCACAGGACUGUCGGGAGGUGGUAUCAUCGUUGAACUUUCUCUGUUUGAAAGGGGUGGCUGCCUUUCAGGGGAGGCCGGCGUAAUGUUAAUGUUCUCUAAGUUUUCAGGGAUUGUUCCUACCUGCAGAGGUCUCUGGGUGGCCCUGGGAUCAAGUAGUAUCUGCACUGCACGACGAACAUCGUAGUUGAGGGGUAUACCUUUCGGAAGUUUCCCUUCACCAAUCUCCCCUGAUUUACUCUCAUCAACCAAGUAAAUCUCUCCCAAGGCCUUUGAAGCUAGUUCUGACAUGAUCUCUACUGUCUGUUCACGCGAAGAGCCACUGGCAAGAUACUGACGGCCUUCCUGAGCUAAGCGCCUGUCCAAUUCGAGCACAAACCCUUGAGCAGCAUGAGCAUCCGUCACCGACACAAAUAGUUUCAGUCGUGAAGGGCGAUCGUAAAAAUAACGACUUGAUUGACGACUUUUCUCUAGCUCUUGCAGCAGGCCGAAACUAGGUUCAAGGACAAGAUCGACAGUAGCACCGACCUGGUUCUUUGGCAGAUAGGACAAGAGCAGAACUUCGAGAGCUGGAAAUCCGCCAAUGCGAAGAAAUUUGUGAGGGUCUGCGAUGUGUAUUGGAAUGUAACCGCCGAGGUCAAGUGAUCUUACGAAAUCGUGUGCUCUCUGAUCUUGCACAAUGUCAGUGCUCCUACUGUAUUGAAUCUUCUCGCCGCUAUAAGACCAAGCGAUCCAGAAAGUUACAGAGUUAAAAGUAGAGUUUUCGGCUGUGAUAGUACUUUUAUCCCAGGCAUACUGUCUGAUGGAUUGAAAACAUAUUUCGCCUGGGGCCAGUCUUGAUAAAGCCUUUCGCACAUUACGGUUAGCUCCAAGACACGGGGCACUCUUGUGACAAGCUGCCGCUGCGCAACACUUGCUUCGGGCUUUGGUUUAUCUAGGUUUGCAGAAUUGACCCCAUUCAGAGUCCAGCCUGGUCGGAAUAUCAGCCUUCUGCGGACGAAUGGGUCUCGGUAUAUCAUGUCGUCUUUAGUCUUAUCGAAUAUUUUUGCAAGCUCGAGGUGGACGGUCCUGAAAGCUUUCGCCGACUCGUCUAUUCUAUCGGUCCAACCUUCAGCAAUAUCAUCAACGGAAGACUGAGGUCCUCCAGGUAAGAAUACAGUCAGAUCGAGGCGGUAACCUUCCCCUUCUCUCAUAGCUUGAGCUCUCAUUGCAAGCCCUGACAAGUCAAGACCUACAAAAAGCCUUUGGGUCAUGUUGAGUCUUCCAAGAUACUCCAUCCAUCCCAGCAUUUGCGCCACGGGUCCAAGUUUAUCAUGCGAAGCCAUCUGAACAGGUUCGUCACAUAUACCCAUCCUCUCGCUGUAAUGCUUGCACCGGAAGGUAUCGCAAUACCAAGCAAGCACCAGCUUGUAUGGGUACAGAGGAUCAUCUUUAUCAACCCCGAUACUUUCGACGAAUUUGCUAUAAGAGCGCUUCUUGUCCAGGGAUGGAGCCAUACUGGCACGUCUAGUCAUAGUGUCUGCAAGCAGAACGAUGUUAUCGAAGCUUAUAUGCUUCCCAAAUCGUUUUGCCAUCACCAUCGCAACUGCAGGGACUGGCCCAAGAUGUUCGUCCCACUCGUCUUGCAGAGCUUUGACCCAGAGAGAAUCCCUUGGCGUUGCCAUACUUAUCUCUUCCGCUUGCUCCAUGGCGUCCAGCAACCCUUCGUCCAGCUUGCCUUUUCUACGUAACUCUUUCGCGGCCCACUCCGCCGGAUUAACGAGGAUUUUUUGAUGGCUUUCCCACUUUUCCUUCCUCUUUACUGGGGAAUUUUCAAAGGUACCCUCUCUGGUCUGGUCUGUCACACCCACAUAGUCCUCCCAUUUUCGAACAUGUUUUGUAACCUCAUGAGGUGAUAGGCCUUCGUAAUCUACCCAGUGGAUACGAUUGCCCUUAGCGGUAUUAGGCGAGGGGGGAAGAGAGUCAUCGGAGCCUCGUUUGCGGAUGAUGCUCUUGGCUGGGCUUGCUGAACGAAGAUCGGGUAUAGGCGACAGAAGAGGGGGCGAAGAUGGUUGUAACCACUCGGGCUUCUCUUUUAUUCUCUUGGUCUUCUCGCUUUUCGAUUUCUUGGAUUUCGAACUGGUUUUGUCCCGCUUCUUUUUGAAUUUUCGGUUCCCAUCGUACCUGACCGGCUGCGAUGAAUCGCUUGAUGUUGCUGAUGAAGCAGUUUGGCCAUCUGACUUCUCUUUCGGCUUCCUUCUUUUACGAUCCUUGUCCUUUGUAUGAUUUGAUAGCGAUGCGUCUGGAUGACUUUCCUUGCUCGAAGACUGUUUUGCCUUGUUCUUACCGUUUCCUUUGCCGAAGAAGAAUAUGUAUAAGACUAGGAUGAGGAAGAGAACGACAACGAGUGAUUGUGCCGAUUUGGCAGAUGUUCGGAUAGCUACACGAGAUGAGUGUACCUCGACCAUUUUUCGACCUUUUCAC